CUAGCCUACUAACUGAAUUAGCGUUAGCAUUACUUAGCCUAAUAUAUUUAAUUGAUUUCGGUUUACGUUACUUAACUAUCUGGAAGUAACUAACUAGCUGUCAAAGCUCCAGAUAGAUAAAAGUUAAGACAAGUUCGAGUGAUAUUGAUGGACACCAAUAUGUAUCAAAACGUGCUUAUCCGUAACGUUAACUGUUACGUGCACCUAAUAAAACAGUUACAACCGUUAACAUAGCUGUUAUUUAGAAUUCCAAGCCAGAAGCGCUCUGCUGAUAUGGAGACCUUUGCUGUUUGUUAGCUAUAUUUCAUCAUCAGAGACGUAAAAUACAUCAAAUAGAGUAAAAAUAAUGAAAUUAAUUAUCUGUUGAAUAUUUUGUAGCUAUAAUAAAUGUGUAUCACAAAUAUGUUAACAAAAAAAUAGAAAUUGGCACAGGGUAACAUUAUUGUUCUUAUGACUAUCAGUGCUAAAGAUGGCUUCAGAUAGCAAAUCAAGAGUGAUAAAAAUCUUCUCUUAUUCUGUCUCCAUGAAGAUGAUUGGUCCUCACAAGAACAGGCAGAGGCAUCUGUGAACAAGGAAGUGGAGGAGGAAAGCAAGGAGGGGAGCAGUAAAGUGUAAAACAUGAUGCAGUCUGGUGCUGUUGGUGACUCAACAGGAAGUGAUGGUGCGGGAGUAAGUAAGUGCAGUUCCUGAGCUACCCAGCAAUCAAAGGCAGCACAAACAUCAUUCUUCAGCCCACCCUCCUCUUCCUCCCGGUGGCUGUUGGCUCUUUGAUAACUGAGCUGUCUCCUCACAGGAUGAGGUCAAAGGCCGUGGUGUGAAGCCCACUCAGACAUUUGAGGAGCCCGAUUCCUUCCCGACGCCUCCAACUUGUCAGACCCAACCGCAAAUCCAUUAAAUUAAGAAAGAUUAAACGAAGGCUUACUACUGGCUAGAAUGAAGCCGUGAUGGGUUUGAUGGGGCUGACUUGUGUUGGGGCUUUAGACCGAUACCAAACACACCUUCAUGCUUUUUAAGAACACAAUUUCUGCCGUGACAUGGCCGGGAGUCAGAAUAACUACUGGGGACAGCAUGACCUAAACAGAGCGUGCUUUGGCCUGAGUGCUGGCAUGGAACACAACCCGACGGAGCUUCAACAACAGCAAAUGGCCAAGGAAUUUAACUCUUUCCCAGGCAGCAUCUCCCUCUCCCAGCCUCCUUUCUACUCUGAUACCUCCCGCCUAACGUGCGAUAACAUACUGCAGCCCCAUGAGGGAGACCAGGUGGUCCCUUCUUCCCAGAGACAAACUGUGUUUGGGAGCCACCAGAGAGAAGCCAAACCCUUGCCGCCUCUGCCUGACCAUGAGGAGCUCAUGUCUGAUGAGGCAGCCGAUAGCGAGGUGGAGUUUUUUACCAGUGACCGACGUCGCCUUUUGCCCAAAAGCUGCCCCAAGGCCAUGUGCAGGGGCACGAACAGAGACUGUGGGCAAGUUAAUUACGCCUACCAGGAGAGCUUGUUGCCGGCUGGUGGUGCUGGGAUUGGCUCAAUGGCUUUCUCAUGGCCAGGCAGAGAGGACAGACCAACAGGGAGGUGGGUUUGGAGCCAACAUCUGGGCAUCAGCUCUCCAGAAGGAAGAGAAGACCACCCACAUGUGGUGUCAGCAGGGGAUACGUUGUGUAGCAAACAGCCAGACCAACACCAAUCACCCAGACUCCGGUUUUCCUGUUCAGGCCCUGCUUCUCUGCCUCUACACAGCAGCACCACAACCUGCCCCACUGACAAGCCACAAAUCCCUCCUCGUAUCCCCAUCCCGCCAAAACCUCCUGCUCUCUUAAGGACUGUGACCCCCAACGAGGAAGACAAGCCUCCCAAAAUUCCACCAAGGGUCCCCUUAGUCCCACCCUGCCCACCACGUACCCCAAGCCCCAAAAGCCUUCCAAUUUAUAUCAAUGGUGUGAUGCCUGCCACACAGAGUUUUGCUGCUAACCCAAAAUAUGUGAGCAAGGCAUUACAGGGGCAGCAGAGUGAAAGGGCGCCACCUGCAGCUCCAUUAUCUCCCUGCAUUGUUCCCAUUUUGAAGGAUGGCAGACAGGCCAGCGCUACGCACUACAUCCUCCUGCCACCUGACCGACCAGCGUACUCGGACAGACGAGGAAGACUCCUGAGUGAACCGGCCAGGACAGGAAACGGCAGCGUCUGGCAGAACACAUAGAAACCCUAGCUUAUGUCACUGUCUGACACUUGACGAGUACAAAACUGUGACAUAUAAAUCACAAAUAACCAUGUGAUACACUAUUGUACAUAGUGCGUCGCAUAGGUGUUCUUUUUAAUGACUGAUGUAUUUCAAGGUCACUUAUGUCAAACAACACUGAGGUUUUUGUCAAUUUUUAACUGAACUUUUUAACUGGUCAGUAUUUUGGCGACGUCCCCUGUAGUUCAUCCUGGAAAACAUUCCAGCAUUUUCACUAAUAGUGGAGACUUUUUUACCUCUUAUAACCAUUUUUCUCACAGGGAAAAUGUCUCAUUGCUCAUUGAUUGUUAAGUCUGACAGUCAUAUGCUCAUAUCACUUAAACAACCUGAGCUACUACUAUAUUUUUUUUUUCGUGAGCAAAUAAUUACUGUAUGUACAAGCUGGGCUUGUACCAAACUGUUCAUCCCAUGUGUGUGUGUUUUUUAUGACAUUGCUGCUUGAAAUCUUAAGUAUAAUGUAUUGAUAGAUUUAAUGUUUUACCGAAUCAUUCUCACAUUAAGAUUUAUGAUAAAUUUAGCAAUAAGGGUAAAAUAAGAACGACACAACAAAACAUUAACAUGGUUUGUGCAUGCCUUUUGCAGCUAUCACUAGCAGAAAGCUGAUCACUUUAUUUUAAAGUUACACCUAGCUACAUCCUACCUACACAACACUAAACGACCGCAUUUCAAGCAUUCACCCUUGCAUCAUAUUAUAUGCUCAUGUGCACACUUUAAUUAAGUUUAAUUUAUUUUAUUUUAAGGAAAAUUCUGUGAGCCGAAUACAAACAAAAGUGCAGCAUUUACAUAUGAAGAACAGUAGUCAACAAUUCAUUAAUGUCUUGUGAUGCUGUUAAAGGUUUUCCAUCAGAAGUGUUUAUAUGCACAAUUAUGGUCACUUGACAAACUAUGUAUAUCACUACGUUGAAUUAUUUUACUUAUGUAUGUACAUUUAGCUCAAAUACUGCAUAUAUGGUCCAAAAAAGUACUGAUUGGGCCUUUAAUGCUUGUUUUUUGUGUAUGGACAUGGAAGUCACGUUACGUUUACACUCUUGAGGUGCAGACCUACGUUUGUUACAUUGACAGGUUGGAAGUUCUCAUGAAGGUUCAGUGUCAAAUUUGGCCCAAGCAAAGGCUGUCUCUAAGUUCAUAAUGUUGUUUGUUGUCAAAAGUAAAUCAUGGUAAAAUUGUGUUUUUAAUCUAUUUAUAGAAAUAAAAUAACUUAUUCAUUCUA